UGUUCUGACCGGCGGUUUUGAAUUGGCCGCCGGGCCCUGGUGUCGUAUGGAGACAACUUGGCCAUUUUGGUCCGCACUUGCCACUUCGUCUCGGAAGUCGGAUCUCAUCGCAGUCGGCAGUAUCAUCACUCAUCAGUUAUCAGCGUGAGAUCGAUCAGUUACAUCUUCAAACCCUGCAGCUCGAGCGAUCCAGGCCGCCCGUCGAGUUAUUUUUCGGCCGUUUGUGAGUCAAACCGGAACGCCAGCCAUGGUGAAGAAGAAAUCGACCGAGAGUGUUGAAAAGAUCUUGGAUGAACGAACUGAAAAUGGAACAGUGCAAUAUAAAGUUAAAUAUGCUGGGAAAGUCGAACCCACAUGGGUGGAUGAGGACAAAUUAGAUUGUGAAGAGGAGAUGCAGCAAUAUUUAGAGACUAAAAACGGUGAUGUCGAAUCAGAAGAAGACAAUAACGAGUCAGAAGGUGAAGAAACGCCUGCCAAAAAGCCUAAAUUAGAGCCUGAAGAAUCUGCCGAAGAGGAAGAUCCUGAUGAGGAAUUUGAAGUUGAAUGCCUUGUAUCUGACAGGAUGACAGAAGAGGGAAAAGUGCAGUAUAAAGUUCGUUGGAGGGGGUACGAUUCAGAUCAAGAUACAUGGGAGAACGAAUCCAACCUUGACUGCCCAGAUAUCAUCGAAGAGUAUAACGCCAAAAAGGGUAGUGCAAAGCCAGGGAAAAAACCCAAAGGGAAGCCUGGCCCUAAAAAGAAAGGUGCAGACAGGGACUCAGAAGUGGCUAAGAAGAAAUCGUCUCUUCCUGUUGAAGAGCGAGAGCCUGAAAAGAUAGUUGGUCUUCAUACAUUAAAAAGUGGAAAGAGAGAAUUGUUGGUCCGUUGGAAAAACUUACCAGAAAGUGAAGACAGUUGGGAGCCAGAAGAAAGUAUGCUUAAUACACCUGUACAUGAAAAGUUCCUAAUUAAAGAAAAAGAAAAUAAAGCAAGGAAAGAAGCAAAACUCAAAGAAAUGGCAGCAGAAGAAUGAAAGUACAAUGAAAAGAAAAUCUUAUUUGUAAAAGUUUAAAAUCUUUUAUCACUUAGAAUCUUAAUAAUUUUGGUUUUAUGUGGAAUCAUUUGAUAUGAAUUUUACAUUGUUUCAACAAAAAAGCUACUAUUUUACCUGACUCUGUUACAAUUAUGUUACAUCAGUUUUUACAGAGUUGAGAGCAGUUUGAAUACUUUAUAUAAAAAGAGAAUCCUUAUACACAGAUAAUAGAUAUAAAUAUUUGAAGGAUGCAUUGAAUUUUCACAAAAUUGCCCAAAUCUCUUUCAUUCAUUUAUUAUUAUUAAAGUUACAUUUCUUUACAAUUUUAAAGUUGCCUUUCAUUUUUUUUUUUUUUUUUUUUAAUAAGAUUGUUUUUAUAAAUCAAACUAUUUGUUUGUAAAAUAAUUAACAAAGUCCAUUUUUGGUCCUUAUCAUUUUUGUAAAGGAACCACAGACAUGUCUUACACUGUUUCAGUUGUAUUUACUAAAUGAUGCCUAUAUGGGUAAUGAAAUAUUACAGAAAUUUUAGAAUGUUUUUGUUAAAAAAAUAAAUAAAUAAAAAAAUAAACAUAA